AUGGCAGACUGCAAAGCUGGGGAGCCUGAUGUUGCAACACAGCAAUGGUUCUUGCGAGACAGGAAGCUGGACGUGGAGGAAGCUGAGGAGAAGCUGACGCGCAUGAUGGAGUGGCGGCGCGACUUCAUGCCGGCUCCCCUGACAGAUGCUGACGUGGCGGAGGAAGCUGCCACAGGCAAAGCAUUCCUGCACAGCCACACCGACGUCAAUGGACGCCCGGUCAUUGUUGUGCGCGCGGCCCGCCACAUCACCGGUGCGCGGCCGCUGGAUGAGAGCAAGAGGCUGUGCGCGUACCUGCUGGAGAAGGGGAUUGCGUCGAUGCCAGAGGGGACCGAAACCCUGCUGGGCAUCUUUGACCUGCGCGGCUUCGGCCACCGGAACGCCGACUUCGGCUUCGUCCGCUUUCUGGUGGAUGUCUUCUUCCUGUACUAUCCCAAGCGGCUGGGGCAGGUCCUGAUGCUCGACGCCCCUUGGGGUUUUGCCCCCGGCUGGGAAGUGGUCAAACCCUGGCUCAAGAAGUACGCCGCCCUCGUGAGAUUUGUGUCCAGGGAGGAACUUCGCAAAGAGUUCUUCACCCCAGAAACCUGCCCGGAAGAAUUCAAAUGA